AGUCUCGUAGUCGUCUGCAUUUUCCUUGUUGCUGCUGAGGCUCUGCCCAGCCCGUCCUCAAUUUGGCUUUGCGCAGAAAAUGUAAGAUCUCGAGCUUUGAAAGCGACAGUGCAUGAAAUAUGAGCUGCUCCCCCCGUCGCACGGAUUAUUAAAACGGACUAAUAAAGACGAAGCGAUCUGCCUCAUUGCUCCAGGAGCUGAGGAACCUGCAGGUCUUGUCUGGGCCUGUUCACCACUGCAGGGUUUGAGACUGGGACUGUGCUAUGGCUCUGUUGACUCUGCACCGGGCCCCAUCAAUCUCCACGUCUCCAGAUGACACUUUACAAAGAAGAGGAAGGCUUCAAAAAAGGGAGAGUUUUGCCUUGGUAAAGGGUGCUGUCCUUCUGAUUGAAGAUGAGCCAAGGGAAGGGGAUUCAUCUCCCCCUCUCACGUCUCCAACAAAACAGAAUGACACAGUGUCCAACGCACGACACAGACAACUGCAUGCAAUGGUUGAGCUGCUCCGACCAGAGGACACCAUUAAACUGGCUGUCCAGCUGGAGUCAGUCAGUCCUGUUAGAAUCAGGUACCUGAUCAUUGUAUCCACUCUGGGAAACAAAGACGAAAGCAUUCUUCUGGGCAUGGACUUUCCCAAUGCAGACAGUGAUCAGUGCACCAUUGGCCUGGUUCUGCCCAUAUGGAGUGACACGCAGGUGUAUUUGGAUGGAGAUGGCGGCUUUAGCGUAGCCUCAGCUGUGGAGACGAGAAUAUUCAAACCCGUGUCAAUGCAAACUAUGUGGUCUGUGCUGCAGGCGUUGCAUGGAUGCUGUGAGCGGGCAGUGAAAGCAUCGCUGAUUCCGGGAAAUGGGCUGGAGUGGGCCGAACAUUACCAGCAACACAUCGAGUCUGACCGCUUCUGUUUAAAUGAAUGGGAGGCAAUGGAUGACCUGGAGUCAGUCAGGAAGGAUAGCAGUGGAUCAAGUUCUGAAGACAGGCUUUGCAAAGAGAAACUCAUCAAGGAUCACCUCAGAGACAUCAUGAUGACUGAAGACCUGGACAACCUCACAUGCCGAAUGAUACAUAAUGCUCUCAACACCAGACUUGGCUUCGACAUCAGACCCUUCAAAGAGUACAUUGACAAUGAAAUCCUCGUCACCCUGGCUCAGAUGGAUAAACCCUCUGAAAUCUUUGACUACCUUUAUUUAGGCUCCGAGUGGAAUGCAGCAAACUUGGAAGAGCUGCAGAAAAACAAUGUUGGGUAUAUUCUGAAUGUGACCAGAGAAAUCGACAACUUCUUCCCUGCAUCAUUCACUUACAUGAACAUCAGAGUGUAUGACGUAGAGGAGACUGACCUGCUGUCGCACUGGCUUGAUACAUACAACUUUAUCAACAAUGCUAGAAAAAGUGGACAGGCAGUGUUUGUACACUGUAAAAUGGGAAUAUCCCGCUCUGCUUCCACUGUGAUUGCCUAUGCCAUGAAGCAGUAUCAAUGGCCUCUAGAUGCUGCAUUGGCCUAUGUCAAAGAACGACGGUCCAUCAUCAAACCCAAUGAAGGCUUUAUGAAACAGCUACAUACCUACAGCGGCAUCCUUAUCGCAAGCCAACAACGUCAUAGUACUCUCUGGAGACGAAAAUCAAGAGACCAAAGACAAAAAUCUAUUGCCAAAGGGGCAAAGAAUGAGAAGCAAAGCCAAGGAGAGGGAGACAAAGAAGAUGAAGUAGACGAGGAUGUUGAUGAAGAUGAUGUAGAGAGUGGUGAGGAAGACGAUUCAAGCUGUUCAGAUGAUGACAAUGAAGAGGUUUUUCAAGAUUAUGGUAACAGUUCGAAGACUUCGGAGUCUACAGAAAAUGAAACUUCAGACACUAACCCUGCAAUCACAGUCAGUGAGCCUGGCAAGGUUAUCCCUAGUGUUAAUCGCAGUGGCAGGAUGAACCUCUUCUCGCUCAUGCAGUCUAUUAGUGAACUAGAGGAUGACCAGGCAGGAAGUGAAAAACUUCCAAGCAGUCCCCGGCGCUCUCCUGGACAGAGGAGGCGGAGUAACAGUCGACGAGGCUUGACUCAUCAGAGAGAGUGUGUGGAUGUUUCACCUGAGCCACGAAGCCUUCAAGACGCUAGACAAAGUCAGUAGCAGGUUUUGAGAACAUAAAAAGAAAGCUACAACAAGAGAAGACAUUUUAGAUUUAAGGCAUGCCACAACUGAGAGUACUUAAAAAAAAUAUUUGAUUUUGAUUUUAAAAGUUAUCCAAUCUGAAUCUCUAAAUAUUUAUCAGGUUAUUUGUUUUAUCUGCAGUAUUUUGAAGGCUGGGUGUGUGUAAUAGCUGAGAUAGGUGUUCCUAAUUUAUAGUAAAUGUCUGUCUGAUCCUCCAUGAAGGACUUGUAUCUGUCAUAAUCUUUCUUUACACUUCAAAAUAUCUAUGCAAUGUCAAACUGCAGUGUAACUAUACGCUGUCAGUCAAACAACUAAUGAGAAUUUAUUUCUGUCUUGAUCAUGACCCUACUAAGUGCAUUAAAGGCAAAGUUUAGGCCAGUUUUAUGGCACAGGCCUGUUGCCAAAUCAUAUGUUCAAAUAUGCCAAGAAUUGUUUUGAAAUGUAGUAUUUUCAGACUAAGAAACAAUGACAAAAUGUCCUGGCCACAAGUGCCUUCAGCUGAAAAUGGUGAAACUAAAAUGUGUGGCUGUAUUAUGGUAAUUACAGGUAUACUGUAUCUUUGUUUAUUGCAUGUCUGUAUCUGGGCCAGCUGUCUGUAUUUUUUUGGGAUGCAUGCUAUGUGUUAUGAGGACAAACUUGAGUCUUCUAUAUUGAUAUAGUAUCUCACAGAUGGGAGUAAAUUAUUAAUUCACUGCUUUUUAUCAGUUGAUGUGGAGUAUUUUAGAUUCAUGCUGGUUCUUUUCUUUCAGUCAUAUCUGAUUCUUUUAGUUUGCAUGCUCACCAUGCACUUUAUUGUGUUCAACAUCACACUGUACCCACUGCCUGAGCCAAUACCACGCUGUACAUUAUUGAUUGUCUUUCUGCAUCUCACAAGCACCCUGAGGGAUGAUAAUUUAUUUUACGCUUUAUAAAUGUCCCUUCUACAUUACCAAGUGUGAGAAAUAAACAAUUUAUAAUAAA